AGAGAGGGGCUGCCAAGGGGAGGCCAAGAGCAGCCGCGCCCACUUGUUCCCCCCGGCUCGAAGCGGACGUCUUGCGCGAGGGGCCACACUAAACAAUGCGGCGACGACCAACAGGAGCGACUCAGUGCGACAAUCUAUCUUCCUUUUCAAUCCAUCCCUUCCCAUCCCUCCAAUUCUCACCUCGCCGCCAUGAAGUUCUCCCUCGCUCCUCUUGCCUUUGCCGUCAUCGCCGCCACAUCGGCUCUUGCCCAGGAGUCGUCGUCGGCCUCUUCGUCUUCGAUGUCGUCGGCUGCCCCCAGCAGCUCGUCUUCGUCGGCACCCGCCUCGACGCCCGCCCCUUCGUCGUCGCAAGGCGGUGAGGACGGUGGCUCGUCGCAGCAGACCGUCUGCCAGGCUCUCCCCGGCUACGACGAGGGCAGGCCCUUGAUCCCCAACUACGGUUGCGACGGCAACACGACCUCGACCCCUACCUACGACUCGACGAAGCUCCAGUCGUACCUCAUUGGCGGCCACACCCGUGGCCCCGAGGGCGAGCACAUCUCUGACGUCGCUACUGAGCUCGCCAAGUCGGUCACCAACCUCUACCCUUCGUUGACCAUCUCAUUCAGCGACCUCGCUCACCAGUACGUCACCGCCAUCGAGGCCUCCAUCUCCGGUGUCGCUGCUGGCACCGUCAAGGUCGACGGCGCCAUCACCCAGCACGCCAACAAGAUCUGGACCGUCGCUGCUGCUGCCGUCGCCGUCGUCGCCGGUGGUGCCUUCGCCCUCUAAGCAGGUGCGACUCAACCCUAGAUAGACAUCCAGUCCAGAGUCUUGCGCACGCGCGGCCCCUUCGCCUUCACUCCUUCAUGGCCGACAAACUCUUUAGUGCCUCGUCGUAGCUUCUCUUGCGCGCACCCCAUUCAUUCAUGGAAAAUACACACAUUUGGAAUUGCAGACGACAAAGUGGUGAACCACGACCAGUCACGCUCUACAAAGCGCAACAUGUAGUCGUCCACU